GACCCUCACUCUCCCCACCAGAGUCAAGCAGCAAAAAUGCUAGGCCUUGUGGGCGGGGCCGGGGUGCCCGCUUUUGCCACUGGUCCAAUCACAGCGCGGCGUUCCUCCUGGCCGGCCGCCGAUUGGUGGUUGCCAUAGCUCCGGGCAUUCGCUUGCAAGAUGGCGGCGGCGGGGCAGUGGCUGCUGCGUUUUCGUGUCUGAGUCCUUCCUGGGUUCUAAUGAGGGCGCGGUUCUGCUGUGCCCGGCCCGCGAGGUCUAAGGCAUGGGCUUCCAGCCUCCGGCCGCUCUUCUUUUGAGGCUUUUCCUUCUGCAGGGCAUCCUGAGGCUGCUGUGGGGGGACCUGGCUUUCAUCCCUCCUUUUAUCCGAAUGUCCCGCCCUGCGGUCAGCGCGUCCCUGGUCGGAGACACCGAGGGUGUGACCGUGUCCCUGGCAGUGCUGCAGGACGAGGCGGGAAUAUUGCCAAUUCCGACGUGUGGAGUGCUGAACAAUGAGACAGAAGACUGGAGCGUGACUGUGAUCCCCGGUGCGAAGGUGUUGGAAGUGACAGUGAGGUGGAAGAGAAGUCUGGACUGGUGUUCCUCCAAUGAGACAGAUUCCUUCUCAGAGUCCCCCUGUAUCCUCCAGACCCUUCUGGUUUCAGCAUCUCAUAAUUCAUCCUGUUCAGCACAUCUACUCAUUCAAGUGGAAAUUUAUGCCAACUCUUCUCUGACCCAUAAUGCCUCAGAGAACGUGACUGUCAUUCCUAACCAGGUGUAUCAGCCCCUUGGCCCUUGUCCUUGUAAUUUAACAGCUGGAGCCUGUGAUGUUCGCUGCUGCUGUGACCAGGAAUGCUCAUCAAAUUUAACAACGCUGUUCAGACGGUCCUGCUUCACCGGCGUGUUUGGAGGAGACGUCAAUCCUCCUUUUGAUCAGCUCUGCUCUGCUGGGACGACGACACGUGGUGUCCCCGAUUGGUUUCCCUUUCUGUGUGUGCAGUCCCCCCUUGCCAACACACCCUUCCUUGGUUACUUCUAUCAUGGUGCUGUUUCCCCCAAACAGGACUCUUCCUUUGAAGUAUAUGUGGAUACUGAUGCAAAAGACUUUGCAGACUUUGGUUACAAACAAGGAGAUCCCAUUAUGACUGUAAAGAAGGCAUAUUUUACUAUUCCGCAGGUGUCCCUGGCUGGGCAGUGUAUGCAGAACGCCCCAGUGGCAUUUCUUCACAAUUUUGAUGUUAAAUGCAUUACUAAUUUGGAACUAUACCAAGAACGAGAUGGUAUUAUCAAUGCGAAGAUAAAGAAUGUUGCCUUAGGAGGCAUAGUUACACCAAAAGUGAUCUAUGAGGAAGCAACUGACCUAGACAAAUUCAUCACCAAUACAGAAACUCCUUUAAAUAACGGAUCAGCCCCCAGAAUUGUGAAUGUGGAAGAACAUUAUAUUUUCAAAUGGAAUAAUAAUACCAUCAGUGAAAUAAAUGUUAAAAUUAUUAGGGCAGAGAUUAAUGCCCACCAGAAAGGGAUAAUGACACAGAGAUUUGUAGUAAAAUUUUUAAGCUAUAAUAGCGGUAAUGAAGAAGAAUUAUCUGGAAAUCCAGGUUACCAACUUGGCAAGCCUGUCCGAGCUCUAAAUACCAACAGGAUGAAUAAUGUCACCACUUUACAUCUUUGGCAAUUGGCUGGAAGGGGUCUGUGUACAUCAGCAACUUUCAAACCCAUUUUAUUUGGAGAAAAUGUACUCUCUGGAUGCCUGUUAGAAGUCAGGAUUAAUGAAAAUUGUACUCAGCUCAGGGAGAAUGCUGUUGAAAGACUUGAUUCAUUAAUACAAGCGACUCACGUUGCAAUGAGAGGCAACUCCAAUUACGCUGAUCUUAGUGAUGGCUGGCUCGAAAUAAUACGUGUAGAUGCCCCUGAUCCAGGUGCAGACCCGCUGGCUAGCAGUGUGAACGGCAUGUGCCUGGAUAUUCCUGCUCACCUGAGCAUCCGCAUCCUCAUCUCGGAUGCUGGCGCGGUGGAAGGGAUUACUCAGCAGGAGAUACUUGGCGUAGAGACAAGGUUCUCCUCAGUGAACUGGCAGUACCAGUGUGGGCUUACCUGUGAGCACAAGGCCGACCUUCUCCCUAUCAGUGCAUCCGUCCAGUUUAUUAAAAUUCCUGCACAGUUACCCCACCCCCUGACAAGAUUCCAGAUCAAUUAUACAGAGUAUGACUGCAACAGAAAUGAGGUGUGUUGGCCGCAGCUUCUAUAUCCAUGGACUCAGUAUUAUCAAGGGGAGCUGCAUUCUCAGUGUGUUGCUAAGGGCUUACUGUUGCUGUUGUUCCUCACAUUGGCCUUGUUCCUCAGCAACCCCUGGACCAGAAUAUGCAAAGCCCAUAGUUAGACAACCACCUGGCUUUUAUUUUUUUGAGAUGGAGUUUUGCUCUUGUUGCCCAGGCUGAAGUGAUCUCGGCUCACCACAACCUCCUCCUCUUGGGUUCAAGCGAUUCUCCUGCCUCAGCCUCCGGAGAACUGGGAUUACAGGCAUGCACCACCACGCCCGGCUAAUUUUGUAUUUUUAGUAGAGACAGGGUUCCACCGUAUUGGCCAGGCUGCUCUCGAACUCCUGACCUCAUGAUCCACCCAUCUUGGCCUCCCAAAGUGCUGAGAUUACAGGCAUGAGCCACCGCACCCGGCCUUUUUUUUUUUUUUUUUUUUUUUUUGAGGCGGGGUCUCACUCUGUCACCCAGGCUGGAGUGCAGUAUACAGUCUCGGCUCACUGCACUCUCUGCCUCCCAAGCAAUCCUCCCACCUCAGCCUCUAGUGUAGCUGGGACCACAGAUGCUCCACCAUGCCUGGCUGUAUUUUUGGUAAAGACGGGGUUUCGCCUUGUUGCCCAGGGUGGUCUGUAACUCCUGAGCUCAGAUGAUCUGCUCACCUCGGCCUCCCAAAGUGCUGGGAUCACAGACGUGAGCCACUGCGUCCGGUCCAUCUGACUUCUCAAAGACUUUAGACCUUGACUUCAGUGAUUUGUUGUAGUCUUGUAUGCUUCUCUAUAAAAUUUUAAUAACUGAAA